UUCUGAUAAGGCUCAGCUGGACAAGCAAGAAGAAAAUAACAUCAUCUGGACAGAAGGCUUUUCUAAUGAUACCAAGUCAAUGAAAUCCAGAACCUGAGUCUUUUUAAUAACCAUUGCGUGGGAAGAGGUAAUGGCUCAUUUUUCAUCCAUUUAUGUAGAAGUACCACACUGUAUCGUCUCUAAGAUGCUAUUUAAGAUGUUGCAUUCUUUUCACAGCUGACAGUCAAUUCAUUUAUCUCACUGCUAAAUGGACAGAAGGUAGCAUGCAAUUUUGCUUUACAAACAAAGUACUUGUAGCUGCUAAAUUUAUUUUGAUGUUUUUUUGAUUUAGCCCAGAAUCUCCCUUGAAACCUCAAAUUUAUUUUGUUGUUAAUAGAAAUACAAUUUCAUUAGAACAGAAUGUGUAGACCUUACCAUGCCAAUUUAGGUUCUUAGAAAAGAAAUUAGGAUCUUAGAGAAGAAACAAUAAGAAUAACUCAACAGUUGCUCACAAAAUAAUUAUCUUUCUUUCACACAUCAGAUAUGUUUAAAAUACGGUUUACAAGUAUGUUACGCAUUCAUGUUUCAGGUAUGGGAAUCUGUGGAUGGGUUUUUGUUGUUAAUAGAAUUCACUGAUAUCAGUAUUUACAGUGAAAUAUCACCACUGGAAUAUAUUAUUUCUAUUUUUUCUGUGGUUUCUUAUCCUUAAACGUGUGCAUAUAUAGUAGGGAAAUGUACCAUUAAUAUACAGUGGAAGAUUUUUAUAUUAUUGGAUCCUGGAGGAAGGUGUGUACAGGGAAUAGUGGGUUCCCAAGGUAGAAUUACAUGUGCAGAUUCUUUGUGCGUUGCAUAGCAUGCAGCUGUUAACUUUGUAAAGAAUGCUGCAGCUGCUGCUAGACCUGAGUAACAUUAUGGGCAAUGCCAAGAGGAGGAUAAAAGGUAAAGGGACCCCUGGCCAUUAGGUCCAGUCGUGGACGACUCUGGGGUUGCAGCGCUCAUCUCACUUUAUUGGCCGAGGGAGCCGGCGUACAGCUUCCAGGUCAUGUGGCCAGCAUGAUUAAGCCACUUCUGGCAAACCAGAGCAGCGCCGUUUACCUUCCCACCGGAGCGGUACCUAUUUAUCUACCUGCACUUUGAUGUGUAAUUGGUGCUCCACCUAUCACGGGGAUUUGAACCGCCGACCUUCUGAUCGGCAAGCCCUAGGCCAGGGGUCUGCAACCUUUAAGACAAAAAGAGCCACUUGGACCCGUUUCCGAAGAAAAAAAAACUGGGAGCCGCAAAACUCGUCAUUAUAAAAAUAACUUUUUUGUCACUUUUUUAUUAUUUCUUUGUUUGACCCCUCAGAAUUACUCCUCCUCAUAGAAAUAAACGUUAAAUUAACAAGUUACCUUUGUGUGUGUGUGUGUGUGUGUGUGUGUGUGUGUUCUUCACUCCCCUUCAAUGCAGUGACCAGCGUACAUGCCCCCUUUCAAUAUAGCAGGCGGGCGGGCGGGAAGGUGACGUCGGGACGGUGCAUGACUAACGCACGCACCGGCCCCAUGCGACGUCACAGCCAGUACAGCGCCCGCCACAGUGGGGAGUGUCGGGGCACACAAUGCACCUCCUCCCCUCGCUAGUAUCCGCCCCGGAGCCGCGGCAAAGGUGUAAAAGACCCCUGCCCUAGGCUCUGUGGUUUAACCCACCACGCCACCCGCAUCCCAUAGGAGGAGGAUAGGGGCUCCUAUUAGUAGCCUCUAAUCAGGGAAGCUGGCAGGUCUGCCUACAGUUGGCUGUGUAUCUUGAAAUUGCUAACAUGAGCAAACUUGUUAGCUUACAAGCUCAUGACCUCCUAGUUUUCCUUUAUUGACUUACCUAUCCUUAAUGUCUUAUGUUCAUUCAUUGUACAUAGUUCUUACCUAACUGGACCUUUGCAGCUGGCACGUGGAGAAAGAACACACAAAUUAAUGGAGAGAAAACGUUUGAAACAAGAGAUUGAAAAACUCUUGUAAGUACCACCUUCUAUCUUUUUUUAUAUAUACUGUACUUUAAAGUAGAUUCAUAUCUAAUAGCUGCAUUUUAUACCCAAUGUGCAUAGCACCUCACACUUUCCUAUCCCACCCCAGCGCACACAAGUAAUAAUGCACUGAGUGGCUGAGCAUUGGUCCUAAUUCAAAAUUAUUCUUUUCCUGGAAGGGGAGAUUAUGUUGGUGUCAGACUUCGGGAAAAUGAAUUUGACCCACAAGGAAAGAGGAAGACUACCUUUCUAGAUGACUUGGUAAGCAACUACUUUACAUUCUUGCUGGCUUUUAGCCAAAGGCCUUUGGGGAAGGCUGCAGUUCAGUAGUACAGCAUCUGUUUUGCAUGCAGACGCUCGCAGGUUAAAUCCCUGACAUCUCUAGGGAGGACUGGGAGUGCUCCCUGCCUGGCAGUAUGGAAGGGCAUUGUAGACAGUCAUUCGGUGUAGACAAUCCUGAGCUAGAAAUUGACUGACUCAGUAUAAGGCAAUAAGGAGAAUCCAGGUGAUGCAUAAUAACUAUGAUAAUAUUUUAUUCUCUUGUUAAUUUUGCUGUUUUAAAUGUGCAUUUUGUAUUUGUCUUCACUUAGCAAUGUUUUUAUUUAUUUAUUUUUUGAAAUGUUUAAGUUUUUUUGUUAACUUUGUGUUAAAUAUGUAUUCUGUAGUCCUCCUUUGUAAUGUUUUAUUUUGAAAUCUUUAAGAUAACAUUUUAGUUUUAGUUUUCUGUUAAUUAUGUUGCUUUGACUGUAUACUUUAUAUUUAACUUCCUUCAGAUUGUUUUAUUGAUGUUUUAAUAUUUGUAAUCAGCUUUGAGAUUUUUCUUAAAAAUAUAAAGCGGUAUAGAAAUGAAAUCAACAACAACAACAACACCAAAUCUAAUGUCCUUAUCAAUCAGACAAACUUCAUUCCCCCACUAAGGAAUGAUAUAUAAAGGAUGUCAUUUCCUUGCUUGUGGAGGAGGACCCUUUGGCUCAUUGUGUCAGCUCCGUGCUGCUGGCAGACAUGCUCAUUGGACACAGCCACCAGCAGAGGUGGCCAUUUAAUUGUAGCAUGCCAAAAAGUGGCAUCUCCCAUUCAGAAGUGAGUCAGGAGUACAGGAAACAAAUACUUUCAUGGUGCACUACAGCUUUGGCUGCAUGCACACUUUACCCUUAAAACAUAUUCAAAACACAUUUUCCCCCUCAAAGAAUUCUUUGAGGGAAUUCUGCUCCUAGGGGGAGCAGGCCAGCAGUGGCAGCCAUGGAGAGACAGCAGGAUGCUCCGCCACUGCCGCCGCUGCAGUCGCUCAGAACAAACACAGGCUCAUCCUCCUCUCUGAGCUCAGCAGCAGCAGCACUGGCUGGGGAAAUCAGGACAUUUCAGGAUCAAAUCAGAAGCUGGGAUGGCUUUCAUAAUUUAGGAGCUGUCCCUGGAAAAUCGGGACACUUUCAGCUUUUGCACAAAUGCACUGAAUCAGUGCAGCGACGAGUGCUGCCUAUUGGGAACUCUAUUUGCAGGAUAGGCUGUGUAACGUAACCAAAGAUAACACAGACCCUGUGAGUCAACAACACACAUGUUUGAGCUGUGCUAAGUUCUCUUUUCAAGGGUAGGUGGUCAAAGCAAUCCAAAAGUAGACCAAAGCAACCCAAACCCUGUGGGUCAACAGCACACAUGUAACACAUUUGAGUUGCACUAAGCCGUUGGCCCCAGCUCCUGCCAACCUAGCAGUUCAAAAGCACGUCAAAGUGCAAGUAGAUAAAUAGGUACCGCUCUGGCGGGAAGGUAAACGACGUUUCCGUGCACUGCUCUGGUUUGCCAGAAGCGGCUUAGUCAUGCUGGCCACAUGACCUGGAAGCUCAUGUCAUGACUGGAUCUAAUGGUCAGGGGUCCCUUUACCUUUACCUUUAAGCUGUUGUGCAAAGAAAUCAUGUAGUUUGACAUUACACACAAACUUUUUUCUCUUUCAGGCUCACUAUGACCUGGCCAUAAAUGUUGCUUUACCUUGGCUCAAUGAUUCAGAAGCCCAAAUGCCUUGGGGAAAAGAAAAAAGGCAAGUGUAAGGUCUCACCGUUGUAGUGAUGCUGUUAAUAUGCGUAGGAAAGCUGGAGCCAGGGUGUUUUUUUCAGCCACAACUCGCCAGAACCCAGUUCCGGCACCUCUCAGGUGGGCAACAUUGCUAUUAUAAGAGAAUAAGAGAGGCGUUCAUGGUGAGUUCCGGCACCUCUUUUUCUAGAAAAAUAGCACUGGCUGGAGCUGUAUGUUUAAUCCACUACCCAUUUAAAAACUUACAUUUAUGGGGCCCUCCAGAUGGUCUUUUUAUUGCAAAUUUAUGCUGAUAGUGCUCAUGAUGCCAUCAGAGUGGUCACACGCAAUUCCACUCUCAAUACUGUUUGCAUCUGCAAAAGCUUUGGGGUAGUCACACUGCUUCACUUCCAAUCAGUGCAUAUCCUGUUACUUUCUGCUGAAAUCUUGUAACUUUUUAUUCCUUUCACACUCCACUUUUGUUGCGCUAUAGCCCCUCCAAACAGCAAUAAUGUGGUGGCAAUGGGGAAGCAUUACAGAACAAACCAAAGCAGGAUUAAUUCAGCACCAAUGCAUUAUUACUGUAUCAAAAAUAUGUUGCAAAAUGCACCCACAACAAAACACCAAUCUGGAGGAACCCUAACUCUAACCCUAACCCCAGAGGACAGGAUCACACUUCAAAAUGACCUUGACAGAUUAGAGAACUGGGCCAAAACAAACAAGAUGAAUUUUAACAGGGAGAAAUGUAAAGUAUUGCACUUGGGCAAGAAAAAUGAGAGGCACAAAUACAAGAUGGGUGACACCUGGCUUGAGAGCAGUACAUGUGAAAAGGGUCUAGGAGUCUUGGUUGACCACAAACUUGACAUGAGCCAACAGUGUGACGCGGCAGCUAAAACAGCCAAUGCAAUUCUGGGCCUCAUCAAUAGGAGUAUAGCAUCUAGAUCAAGGGAAGUAAUAGUGCCACUGUAUUCUGCUCUGGUCAGACCUCACCUGGAGUACUGUGUCCAGUUCUGGGCACCACAGUUCAAGAAGGACACUGACAAACUGGAACGUGUCCAGAGGAGGGCAACCAAAAUGGUCAAAGGCCUGGAAACGAUGCCUUAUGAGGAACGGCUAAGGAGCUGGGCAUGUUUAGCCUGGAGAAGAGGAGGUUAAGGGGUGAUAUGAUAGCCAUGUUCAAAUAUAUAAAAGGAUGUCACAUAGAGGAGGGAGAAAGGUUGUUUUCUGCUGCUCCAGAGAAGCGGACACAGAGCAAUGGAUCCAAACUACAAGAAAGAAGAUUCCACCUAAACAUUAGGAAGAACUUCCUGACAGUAAGAGCUGUUUGACAGUGGAAUUUGCUGCCAAGGAGUGUGGUGGAGUCUCCUUCUUUGGAGGUCUUUAAGCAGAGGCUUGACAACCAUAUGUCAGGAGUGCUCUGAUGGUGUUUCCUGCUUGGCAGGGGGUUGGACUCGAUGGCCGUUGUGGUCUCUUCCAACUCUAUGAUUCUAUGAUUCUAUUGAUCUAAAUGGAGACAUGCCCACAAAUGUUGGUAAUGCAGAUUAAUUUGAGUUUGUGUUAACCUAUAAGGGUUAUCUUAUUUAUCCCCACAUUAUCCUUGGUACAUGAAGCUGGCCUGUAUUGUGUUGAGUCACAUAUCUACAGGACUCUGAACUUGUGCAUCACAUAGUUUGCCAGAUACUCCUUACGGGAUCGGGAGGCCAAAGGGAGAAAAGACUUUUUAAAGGGAUUGCCCCGUAUUCCACAAUCCUCUAGAUCUAUAAAACAGAAUGAACAGUCCUUAUUCCAGAGCUCCAAACAGAAACAUUAUAGCUUGACUGUUCCAAAACACUAUAGAGCAUAAAUCACAAUUCAACAGUCACACUUUUUUUAAGUCUUAAAUGGGAUCCCAGGUAAAACAAUCCAAAACUCCUUUGGAUCCAUUGGAUCCCAAGUCAGCCGUGCUGCUGUCAGGUGACAGGAUUGGGUGUGAUUGCUGCAACAGCUCUAGGCUGGUGCAGCAAUCUGCCUGUCCUCCACUUUCUGCCCUGAUCAUCGUUAAGGCCCACCAGGCAGUGGCUGAGGUUAGCUCUGCCCCCUGAACCUAGGAAAGAUUUGGGCUUUGAUACCCCCCUCUUCAAUUUCAUCAUGCAGGUGUGAAAACCACAGUACAUAUCACUUAUAAAUUGUUAGAUAAAUUUACCUGUUACUUUUUUCUUGAUUUCCUCUGGACAGGAAGCUACCAUUUCAUCGACGAUAUGUUUAUCCCAACCGAAUUGAAAGAGAAGCUAUGAUUUUAUCAUCUUAUGCCGGGAUGCUAAUGGUAUAAUCCUUUGUUUAAAUACUGAUUGUUUUUAAUAAAAAUGGUUGUGUGUAAGACUCCCAAGGAGGAAAAAGAUGUUAUCAAUGAAUUAAAUUUUCUUUUAGAUGUCUUUUUCUUUUAGGCAAGUUACUGUUUUUUAUUAAAUUGAGGGUUGCAAAAUUUGCCCUCUAUUUCGGCACUUUGCCUUUCUCUAUUUUUUUUUACUCUUACUGGAGUAGAGCAAAACAAAACAUUGGCUUUCAAUCAGUGCCCUUACUCUGCCUGAGGUGGGCAGUGGGACUGGAGAAAGGACGAGUUUUCCAUCCAUCUGCUUCUCCUGCCUCACAAAUUUGGUGGGCCCUUAGUUAGUUUUAGAUAAAACGCAGAAAAAUAUUUAAAACAAAAACUGGCCUGUACUACUGUGUCUACAGAACAGUAUUCCUGUUGAAGAUGUCAUUGGGAUUUAUACCACUGGAGCCUGUGCAACACACUGGCAGAGUUCUGCAAAAGUAAGUUACAUGCACAUUAUUAAUCUGUUACCAGUUUUAGGCCGUGUGACAAACAGGCUUCCUUUCCUUCGGGGGGCAUUAGUCUACUCAUACUGACCUUCCCAACCUGCAUUAUAAGUUUAAUCCCAUGUUUAUCCCAUGCUUCUAUUAAGGAGUUCAGGAAUCAGUGCAGUCAAAUGCAAUUACCUAUAGUAUGGCUGUUUUUCAGUUACUUUCAAUUCAGCCCCCGGCACCUCUAGCUUAAACAAGCAAAGGAAGGAUUAGGUUUGUACUACAACUCCCAUCACCACCAGCCAGCGUGGCUAAUGAUCGGGGUGAUGGGGGAUGUAAACAACAAGAUGUGGAGGACCACAGGCUUAUCAUCCCUGCCCUAAAGAGUCAUUGGCAUUCAGUAGUGGGCACAAUGAACAAUUAUAAUCUUGAUUAUACAAGGCAGCGUCUUUUAUUCCUAUGGGUGUUGCUACACAAACUGCUUUAAAAAAGUUCAACAACUUUGGUCGGCCCUCAUGCAUGUUCAUUUCAUCAAAUCUGCCCCUCUUUGAAAAAAGUUUGGACACCCCUGGCUUAAAUGAUACACACACACAUAUAAACAUCAUUAACUUUUAAUAUAACUUCAACAAGUACAGCUAAAAAUAAAACUGAUAAUAUUGCAUUGUUUCAUAUAUCGAAGUGGCGUGAAGCAUGUAUGUGUAAGUGAAAUCAUAAUAUCAUUCUUUAUUAAUUUGGGGCCAAUUACUUGAAAUCUUACUGGCUAUUAGGGUUCCACAUUGGCCAUGUUGGGCUUUCCGGUUAGUUUUAAUUAGUUAGUUUAUAUCUUUCUAUGCUCCUGGGGGACAUGAAGAAACCCACAAAGUGUCUGUGUAAGACUAGUAUACAAGCAUAUAUAAAAGCUUUUUAUAUUUGUGUAAUUGAUCUUCUGGGAAUGUUUUGUGUGUUUCUCUCUCCUGCAUAAUAUGAUAUAUUCCCCAGGCUAAAAUGCAGAAAAGGGGGAAAGCAAUGAAAAGAAUUUUUUCUUUUCUUUUUCUUUACAAAAAGCUUGAUACCAGCUGACACUAUAUGGAGAAGAGUAUUAUAUCAGUGAGUGUUCUGUAGAGAAGUACCAUUUGUCCUCUGGCUCAGCUUUACUGAAAGUCCCUGAGAAAAUAAGGUGCCCUUCUUGCCUUUGUAAAUCUAUAAAAUCUUGCCAGACUGCAAUCGUAUUUUCAACCCAGCCCUCUAAAAAUUUUUAAUUCAUAACACUUAGGAGCCUUACAUGUGAUGCUGAAUUACACACACACACACACACACACACACACACAAAAGGUGUCUAGAUCAUAUGUUGGAUUACAGCUCCCAUCAUCUUUGGGCAUGCUGACUGUGGCUGAUAGGAAGUCCUAACACCUGAAGGGCCGCAGGUUUCCCCAUCCCUGGUCUAGAUACUUCCCAUAUUAUCUGCAAGACUGCAACAGAGGCCAAAUAAGCAGCUCAGCCCUCUUGUAUAAUACAGGAGAAUGCAUGUUCCAUUCUUUCAGUUGGAUUUUCAGUAUUGGACUCUUUGCAAUCAUUUCUUUUCACAAUUUGAUUCAUGUAAGCCUGUGUUGUACUGAGAUUAUUAGUCCAACUAUCCCAUUGCCAUCUACUCCCAGCUGGCAACAGCUGUCCAAGGUCCCAGGCAGAAUAAUCUUUUGCAGCCUGACUACUUAAGAUCCUUUAAGCAGAGAUGAUGGGAAUUAAACCUAAGCAUUCAGAGCAUGUGCACUGACUUUUUAAAAAGAAAAAAAAUAGUAGUCUAAUCUCUGCAGCUCUAGGUUGCUAUUACAGCUACUCUCUUUCCCCCUAUGGACAUGGUUUUGGCAUCAGUGUGUAUAUGUCUUGAUGUAUUGGGCAGGUAACCCUACAACCAUUCAGCACACCUUCGGUAUUAUCACCCUUUUUAUUCACCUGAAGCACUUUCCAGCUGCAUUUUAAAAUAUAUUAAAAUAUCUGCACAAUAGACUGGCUGGCUAAACCAGGUGAGGGUAGCCAAUGGGUCUCAAACCCUCAAUAAGUUAAGGACUUCCCCUGCAUGUGAAGACAGGCUUUGGCAGACUGGAAAGAUUACACCAAAGGUGGAUUCAGUGGUCCAGAAGACUUGCCAAGCUGGAAAGGUAGCCCAUCUAGGAGAUGGGAAACUCUGAUCCUAAACCUCUGCCGCCUUGUGGUAUAUCUUCAGGAGAGGAAAGGGAUAAGGAGUAAACCCUACACAAAUCUGGAGUGGAGUCCCUAAGGGGGUGGCACCUUGUCCCCCUCCUUCCAGCAAUUCCUGCAGCCAGGCUGGUGCCAAAUGUAUUGCUCUGCUUUCCUUUGGACCGCAUCAGUGAGGCCAAGUGGGGGGUCUUGUUGUCUGGCCAGUCCAGAACCUCCAUCUAGACUGCCCAGGCUUGCGCCCUAGGGAGGUCACUUCAUUUUGGCUUCACCCCCAGAGGUGCGCUCCAUUGUCUCUUGAGACGAAUGCCAACAAGAAGUGCUUAAAUAAGUGUUAUAAUACCAAUUUUCAAAAUGAAAUUUAAAUCCCCUACUAUGUUUCUUGACAUCAUUUUAGUAAUGUGUAUAAUUCCCCCCCCCAUAACUUUUAAAAAUGUUUCCUACCAGUCUUAAAGUGGAAGAGCAAUGAGUGGAUCGCUCUCGGAGCUGUCCAUUGGGAGCAGCUAUAGGAUGCCAUCUAGUGUGCAAAUAAUGUUUCUGUACUAAGCUAUAGGCUGCAGGAAAAUAACAUUGGCUACAUUUCAGAAGAUCCCAUAGUCUAUAUGUCCUGGUGUUAGGUGUCAUGUUAAUUGAAUCCUAACAAGAUUCCAUUGUUAAGUGCCUAAAGAAAAUAAUAGAAAAGCAAUGCAGCAGUGGAAAUCAAUCCUGAUGAGAUAUUGCAAAGAGGAAAGUCAGAAAUGGUGAACUAGAAUGAUAAAUAAUUAGUGCUUAUUACAGUAAUUGCAAUAACCUACUGGUAUUCUGAUACCAAACAUUUUCGCUCUGGUUUCUCCCAAUAAUCUCAGCAUGUAAAUGAUGGCCUAUAAUACUGUAGUCACAUAUUUGCUGCCACAAGUUAUGGGGCGAAAGUAAGGUACCAGUGACUUUGUUUAACCUGCAGGGCCACCGAAUUCAUCCUUGUAAUCUCUCACUGCAUCCUUUUGCCAUGUUGACAGCCCCCCAAGCUGCAGAACAUGCAAGGAAACAGAGUAAGUGGAUAUUACCUUCUCUCACAAAAUUGUGUACUGGUUGUUAUGGAGUUUGGGGGGGGGGGAGUUCUGAAGACUUGUUACUUCAGUUUUGCCAACAAGCAAAUCUCUCUUAUCUAUCAGUAAUUCUCUGCUACAAUUGGGAGAUAACUAAAAAUAGCCUGCCAGUUUUUUUUUAGAUGUAGCUAUUUUCCCCAAGUGGGAUUGAUGAUGAGAUAACUAGACCAAUUGAACUGAUAGGAUAAACUGCAACAAUGUGGACAAGACAUUGUAAUAGUGGCUCAUUCUUGUUGAUUUGUAUGAGUUUGGGUUUCUGCCCGAACAUUUUUAGCUCAUUAGACAUCAUUCAGCCAUGAUACAUUUCCCCCCCAAACCUUCAUGCCAACCUCAAUGGUGUUGCAGGUGUGGACUGUUGCUAAUGUACACAACUUCACAAACCAGUGGUGGGAGUGCACUGGAUGCAAACUGAAGGCAUACACAGCCUUUCCAUUUAUGAAGUCUGAGCCCUUUCAAACAGCUUGUGGUACUUUGCCCAUAGCUUCUGCUGAAGGCUUCUUUAGCUCAAUGUCAAUUCUUCAUUUUAGUAUGUGCUACAUGCUUUGGACUUCCAGCAGACAGCUAUCACUAUAGUCACAGGCAUAGGGCUCUUUCUGUGUCAAAUGGGCACAAUUUGUUGCCAAACAGGAGACAGCUUUCUGAGGCUCCGCAGAACAUGCAUGAGUCUCACCUCCCUUCCCAGCUCACAGCUGGUGGGAGUGGGUGUUACAAGGACUUCCCUCCCUCAUCCCACCUGGAUGGACACCAUGGAGCUGUCAAACAAGAACCUGGACCUCUGUCUGCCAGGGGAUCAGUUCUUCUUAGUUCUGCCCACCUUGAAAUUCUUGGAGAUUAUCAAAAGACAGCCUUGGGCGGUAGUGGAAUUAGACAGGGAAUACCCAGGAUUGGUAUGCAGUUUCAGCAAAACAUUUCAUCCACAUUCACUGUUGAUCUUAGGAAUGUUUCAGGAACAUGUCAGCCAAUUUCAAGUUAAAUGACAAAGGAGGUGGAGGAAUGACAAUCUAUUUUUUUCUCUUUUUUAAGGUGUCAAGUUCCACAGGACAGAAGCAAACAGAAAUGCCACCAGCAACUCAAGAAAAACAAUGGAUGCAAUUUAGAAACAACCAGAACUUUUAGUUUCAAGAAAGGAAGAUCAUGAGAAAGUAGGUUUUUCAAAUAAUAAAUCAAAUGAGACCAGACCCCACUAACAACAGAGCUUCUGGUUUCAGGCAGCCUGGUCCUAUCCAUGUUUACUCUUAAGUUCAUGGGCUUUCAGAUAGGAUAGCAGCCUUAAGGUGCUGUUGGAAGUUACAGCUGUGCUGUCCUUACAUUUAACAGGCUUCACUGUUGCUUUAGGAAUUCCUACAGGUCUUUAUCUCCCACCUCUAUUUAGAUAUUUUAGGCACAUCUCACUUACACUCUGCCUCCUCUUGGAAUUUCACCAUUGUGGCAGAAACCUCUCUCCAGUCGAUAAAAGCAGGGGAGUGUCAUAAAUAAAAACAAUAAUUUAUCCAAUGCAGCCAUUUGAUUGCAGAUGUCCUUCCUGUCCAUGACCCUGAAAAGUUGUCCCAGUGCUUCUAAUCCCAGUCACAGUAGUUUAGUUAGCCUUCUCUGUUCUACUCAUAUUUAAACCUUAGAAGUCUCAUUUCUGUAAACGCAACAUACACAUGUUGCUUUUCCCUAUUGGCUACCAGUUUCAUAUGUUAGAAAAAAGGGAGCUUCAAGCACUAGGAGCCAGGGAGUUUCCAACAUUGCUUUAACAACACGUAGCAGUUUACAGUUUUGUUUUGUUUUCUUUCCACAACUCCAGUACUUUUUUCUGGCGGUACUCAAAUGUAUGCCACAAAUAAAAAUAAAUUUGAUUAUUUGAUUCAUGUU